GAGCCUCGGCACUUUUACAGAUAGGACCCUGCUAUCCGUUGCUAUCAAGCAUCAUCUUAAUUCCCGCGGGGCGUCCCUCCGAUCUAAGUCUCGUGCUAUUGCUCAUACUUCAAACUUCCACAUUUUCCAAUUCGAGUCUCGAGUCUCAUGGCCUGAACUCCUCUUUCCUACCUGAGAUCUUACACAUCUUCAGGUCCGACAAGUCUACCACCGAGCCCUCGCUGAUUAGACGAACUCGCCCAUCAUGUCGUGGAAGGCUUCUGAGAGGCUAAUGGACACCAUCCGCCAUUACUCCCUCUUUCCUGCUACGGGCGUGAGUUUAAGGCAGAUGGUCCAGUUUGGCGAGAGACCCUCAAUCGGAACUCUGUUUCGCGCCUCUCAAUUCCUCGCCGAAGAGCUCCCAAUCCGUCUUGCGCACCGAGUUCAGGAGCUCACGAGCCUACCCGAUGGACUUAGUGAUAUGCCAUCGGUCAAGAGAGUCCAGGAUUGGUACGCGCAGUCGUUUGAGGAGAUCAUCAAUCUCGGACGGCCCGAACUGCCAAAAGACGUGCGGGAUCGACUCUUGAACCCGGGCAAAUUCAGCAACGGCAGAGGAUCUCUGCUCUCGGAAGCUACUCCAAACCCGAGCAUUCGCGAAGGCCAGUAUGCCUCAGCGCCGCCGACGCAAAUUGGCCUAGGAAACAGCAAGAAGUACCAAGCAGCAAGAAGAUAUUUCGCUAUGGUAGACGACAACGGCGAUUGGCCACCCGAGUUACAGGCGUACAACUCCAAAUUUGCACAGACAUUACACAAGAUCAAGAGACGGCAUGACGGCGUUGUCACAACCAUGGCACAGGGCAUCCUUGAAUACAAGCGAAAGAGACAACGGAUGCAAAUUGACAACAACAUACAGUCCUUUUUAGACCGUUUCUACAUGUCUCGAAUAGGUAUUCGCAUGCUUAUCGGCCAGCAUAUCGCCUUGACGGAUCAGAGCCAUCAUCGGGACCCUACUUAUGUUGGUAUUAUCUGCACCAAGACGAACGUGCGGGAUUUGGCGCAAGAGGCUAUCGAGAAUGCUCGGUUUGUAUGCGAGGAUCACUACGGACUUUUCGAAGCACCCAAGAUCCAACUUGUCUGUAACCCCGAUCUCAACUUUAUGUACGUUCCCGGUCACUUAUCGCAUAUGCUCUUCGAGACAUUGAAAAACUCGUUAAGAGCCGUUGUCGAGACGCACGGGCAAGACAAGCAGGAGUUUCCAGUAACGAAGGUCAUCGUUGCGGAAGGAAGGGAAGAUAUCACGAUCAAGAUAAGCGACGAAGGUGGCGGAAUCCCACGAAGCGCCAUCCCAUUAGUGUGGACGUACAUGUACACGACUGUAGACCGGACCCCUAACUUGGACCCUGAUUUUGAUAAGAGCGAUUUCAAGGCACCGAUGGCGGGCUUCGGCUACGGACUGCCGAUCUCGAGGCUUUAUGCUCGGUAUUUUGGUGGCGAUUUGAAACUGAUUAGCAUGGAAGGGUAUGGAACGGAUGUGUAUCUACACCUCAACCGCUUGUCGAGCUCUUCGGAGCCUCUGCAAUAGCAACCAGCAGUCAUGAGGGAGUGGACAUCGUCCCAAGGAUUGACAUUGCCGCACAGGAGAACGAUGCAGAAACGGCUCAAAAUUUUCGAGGUCUCGGAGCGUAAGCAGGUCGGUGACGCGGAAUCUAUGAUCAGCCAGGAAGGCGGCCGCUUUUCUCACAUGGAUGAUGAGAAAGCAGAGCUAUGAUCAUAUAUUUGUAUGGCUUAAAACCCCCGAUCUCGGAUCGAUGCGUGUGCUCGCCGAGAAAGAUAUGAGGUAAGAAGGGAGAUUAAAAGGUCAAAUCAGGGGACACAAUAAUAGGCAAAAAUUAAAUAGGUUUUGGGGCACGGCGCUUUCUUCUCUUAUAUUUUCGGUCUUCCUUUUUUCAUCCCGCCUUUCCGGUGCUUUUACUUCCGAAAGGCGCAGGGCGGGACUAUGGAUGUGGGAGAAAGGUGGCUGGAAUGAUACGACUACUCUGCAUCAAGGCAUGGUGUGUAUAAAAAGCAUGAA